AUUGUCGUUGUCGAUUGAUGAAAAUUUGUUGCUUCACGUCAGCCAGUCGGCUGUAUUUUUAAUUAUUUUUUUCAAAACAAUUGCUGCAUAAGUAUUGACUUCCUGUAUAUCAAAUUAAUUUAGACUUAUAAUUAACAUCCCAACAUGGAUCAUAAAGCUUCUGAAAAAGGCGAUACUGCAGAAAAUCAGGAAGCCAACUCUUUAGUAGCGAACGGCAGCUCUAAACCUGAUACAGAAAUCAAACAUUGUGUUGAUAAUGGGAAGUCAGACAACGAAGGCCCCACAGAGAGCACUUCGAGUACCUCAGAAACGACAACAGAAGACUCGGAUUUGUGCGAGAUUCCGGAACAGGUCGAAUUUACCGUAGUUUUUAACAAAAAUAAACACGAAAUUUCGUUCGCAUAUGAUGCAACCGUUUUAGAACUUAAAGCGCAUUUAGAGAGAAUAUCCGGUGUUCCACAGUCCGCCCAGAAACUUAUAAUCAAAGGCAUGGCACGUGACAAUGUUACGUUGAGAAACUCGGGAAUAGUCAAGGGUGGUAAAGUCAUGCUUGUCGGAUCUAAAAUGGAUGAUAUUUUAGCUGUGAAAAGUGCACCAAAGGAAAUACUAGAAGAAAAAAACAGUAGCCAGGCUAAUAAGGAACCAUUAUGUAUGCAGAAGAUCCAUAGGAAAGUGUUAGAUAAAGGCAUUCCUCCAGAUGCAAUGCCUGGUAUCAAAGGAGUUAAGGAAGCUCUUCCCCCAGUGCCAUUAAGUGGGAUGUUAAAUAAACACGGCGGCAAAGUCAGGCUCACCUUUAAGCCUGAACAGGACCAGCUAUGGCUUGGAACCAAAGAACGUACUGAGAAACUAGCUAUGACCUCUAUUAAAGGUAUCACAUCAGAACCAAUAAAAGAACAUGAGGAAUAUCAUAUUAUGGCAUUGCAACUGGGGCCAACAGAGGCCUCGAAAUAUUGGGUGUACUGGGUACCAGCACAAUAUGUCGAGGCCAUAAAGGAUGCAGUUCUUGGUGUGUGGCAAUUCUUCUAAUUACAAUACUGUUGAACCGUAUCUGUCUGCUGUUACUAAAUCCUGUGAGCUACUUGGGUAGUUGCAAUAUAUAUAUAUAUAAAAUAAAUAAAUAACGCGCCCUAGCACAUGUAUGUAUAUUCCAUGUUUUAUAUUUAGAACUUCAUACUAACAGUUGACUUUAUACAAUUUUACUGAAAAUUAUUAUACGCUAAAAUACCAAUUAGUGCUAGGGUAGUCGUGCCGUCUCUCUUAUACAAAUAACUGUCGAAAUCUGCAACAUUUCGAUAAAUGAUACCGAGUCCCUGAAUCUGAUUUUAUAAUUGUGUAUUUGUUGUGAAUAUUUGUAUUGUUUUUAUGUACCGAGACGUUGGUAAAUAUUUAUUUUUGUGAUAUCAUUAUGCUGUGUCAAUUAAAAAUUGUCCAUUGAUAAUAAAUUUGGCAUCUAUCUGGUCAUUUGUGAGAAUUUUUUAUUUGCUAUUGUAAAAUUGCAUUUUAUGCAUUUUGGGGUUUUGAGCUGUAAAAUAUUGCUAUUAACGAAUUCACGGUACCACAGUACCGAGUAUUCACGACUCAUGAGCUUAUUGUUCUGUGUUUCGAAACCUGAUCUCUAUUUGAACUUUAUAAAAUUCACUCGAAUCGAAGGAUUGGCCGGAAUAUUGCAAGAAAAUUUUACUUCAUAUUCUUUCUCUAUUUUAGCGUACAAAAAUAUAUAUCUUGACUACUAUAUUCCUACGAAUCCUUCGUGAGAAUUUGAUCAUAGAAUUAGAUAUAAAAAAAGCAUUAUAAACUA